UUAAUGGGUGAUUAUGUCCCAAUUUGUCAGUUGAUGUCUAACCAUGCAUAGCAUUAUGAAGUAGUGUAUAAGGUGGAGUGUCUUCUGAACUGUUGUCUGUCUAAGUUGAAUGUGAUGAGCAACAAGUCUUUUCUUGCUCUGUUUUAAUGUGACCUUUUUGCUAAGUGAUGGGGUAACUUGGGCAACUUAAGUUGUUGUAACAUGUGUAGGUCUACUUCUUGUUGGCAAACAUUGUAUAAAUUAAAUGUAAAUCCCAAUAAGGAACUGUUAUUUUGAAUCAGAAACUCAGAUCUAAAGGUUUGUGCAACAUAUUAGUGUUUUGUUGCAGUGCAGAGUGAAUAAUCAUUUUGGUGUGUUGAUUACUAGUUUGUAGUAAAAAGAGUUGGCACGUGAGUUUUUUUAGGGAGGUGUCCAAAAAAGUGAGUCAUUACGGCUGCUGGGAGGCCUCACACAGUGAUAUGGACUUGCAUGGAUGACACCCAGUGGUGGUGCUGACAUAGUGCAAACAAUAGCUUUGAUCAUUUGUCAGUGUCUUGGCAGUGGGCUGCAUAUAUUUGUUCACUGUUAGAAAUCCACUUUUUGUUUGUUUCCAAGACAUCCAGUUCUGUUGUGCCACCACUCAACUUAAUUGCCCCCCAUGUCUUAUGUUUUCAUAUUAGAACAUUCAGGUCAUGCAGUUUAGUUGAGGUCAUCUUACUUUAGCAGUAGAACACACUGUUACUUUAUGAUUUAGACACAGUCUUCACAAAUUGUAUUAUGAAAUUACGUGUAAUAUAAAUGUAAUUAGAUGCAUGUCUACCUAAAUCAUUGGAUUCAUAUCUUCUUCAUCUUGUGUUUUUGUUCUGUCUAAAAUGUUUUGCAAAGACUUCAGGGGAAGUUUGUCUCUAUAACCCCUAGUAACGUUGAGAGUCAAAUAGCCUGAAACGUUUGACUUGUCAUUAGCUGUUGCCUCCUUGUUUUGGCAUAAUGCACAAACAGAAAUUAGGAAUGUUGAUACACUCAUAACUGUGGCUGACUACUUCAGACAUGCCCCAACACGUUCACAGUGUUACUCCCCCUCUGGAGGGACUGACUGAGAGAGAGGGAAAAGAGGAAGAAAAAAGAAAGAAAGAAGGAAGGAGCAGGGCUUUCCCACAUCAAAUGAAAUAUGCUGUCUUUUUAGAGGCUUUAGAGGCCCUGUCCAGCCUGAAAGGAAGGACUACCCAACAGUUCAUCUUUAACCUCACCUCUGUGCCAGCAGAGGAGCUAAUCACAGCUGCAGAGCUGCGUAUUUUCAGAGACCAAGUGCUAAGUGACUUUACAAAGAGCAACAGUAGUGUUGCUGGAGGUUUUCACCGCAUAAACAUUUUUGAAGUGUUCAGGCCAGCUCAGUCCUCAUCUGAGGAGCCUCUUACAAGGCUGCUGGACACUCGUCUGGUGCAGGACUCACAUUCACGCUGGGAGAGCUUUGACGUGAGCUCAGCAGUGGCACGCUGGACCGCACACUCACACCACAACCAUGGCCUGCUGGUGGAGGUGCUUCACCCUGAGGAGGCCAGCGGAGAGGAAGAGGCUGAGAGGAGCAGGAGUAGGCACGUGAGGGUGAGCCGCUCCCUGCACGGGGACGAGGACUCAUGGCCACAGGCCCGGCCGCUGCUGGUCACUUACAGCCACGACGGUCAGGGGGCACCCCUCCUUCAGCCUCACAGAGAGAAGCGGCAGACGAGGCGGGGGCCAAAGCAGCGGCGGAAACCGCACCAGCGCACCAACUGCCGUCGGCACCCGCUCUAUGUGGACUUCAGUGAUGUGGGCUGGAACGAGUGGAUUGUGGCACCGCCUGGCUACCAUGCCUUCUACUGCCAUGGCGAAUGCCCCUUUCCACUCUCAGACCACCUAAACUCUACAAACCAUGCCAUUGUCCAGACUUUGGUGAACUCAGUUAACUCCAACAUUCCUCGGGCUUGUUGCGUGCCCACAGAGCUCAGCCCUAUCUCUCUACUCUACCUGGAUGAGUAUGAAAAAGUCGUGCUGAAGAACUAUCAGGACAUGGUCGUUGAGGGCUGCGGCUGCCGGUGAGAGUCAAACUCCCAAUGAAGACUUUUAUUUAUAUGUACGAACAUUCAAAGAGCUAUUUUGGAGGGAAAAAAGUAUAUAUAUAUAUAUAUAUAUGAUAAUAUUUAUAUUGACUGAAAAAAUGGGAAAAUAAAUAUUUUAAUGCUUCUUCAGUGGUUUUGAAGAUGUUCGUCCAAUGUACAUUUCAGUGCAAUAGCACAUGAAGUAUGAUGCUCAGAUUUUUAAUAUGUAUUUAUUUCAUCAUAACCACUUUAUUUGUAAAUGAAUUAUGUGUAUUUAUCAUGGAAAAUAUAUGAUCUUCUCCCA